AUAUCUCUAUAUAUCAAUUGGUGGUUUUCUCGACGACGUCUAUGGCGGAGAAGUCGAAACGACGAAACUAAACGACGCCGUUGUUCUCCUCUCUGCGUCUUUGUUUCCGUCGUUUUUGGAUUUUUCGUUUCGCCUCCGGAGAUUAUCCGGCCUGGAAACCCUAGAGUUUACAUCCAGUGCUGGCGCAAAGCUGAAUUGUGUUGUUGAUAGACGUUGUUGCUGUGAUUUGAUUGGUAGCUUUGUGAGAGAAUGUGUUUCGAGUUUCUGCAUUCUGGAAUGUUGUUUGAUUCGCCGCUCAGAGAUUAGGUGUACAAGCUCUAGGUUUUAAGCUUCGUGGAUUUUGGGUUUAUGAAGUCAUUGUUUUGAUGAUUUUGACAACAAUCAGUGACUUGAUCCCAACAAGAUAUAUGAAGUUUUGCUGAGUUUGGUCUGGCAGUCUUUACUGAAGUUCUUGACUUCAUAUUUCAAGUUUCAUAAGAAGUGUGUAACAUGAUCUGAUUUAUAACGGCUUUCUGUUCAUAAGGCGGAUAGAUUUUCACUUUCUCACAAGUGUUGAGAAACAACUAUGUUGUUUAUCUACAGGUAUGUGCUGCAGAUAUUGUGUUGGCAAGGGCCAAUGUUAAGUUGUUUUGUGGGAGGGCAACAUUGUUUCAAUACCAGCCUUCUCUGUGUAUAUCCAGCCGAUGUUUGUUGGGACAUCAAUGUGUAGAAGACUAUUCACUUUGGUAUAAGGAAUCAUGUCUCAAGAACCAGCCAAAAAAUUUCCUCUUAAUGCUCAAGAUUAUGAGUUAUAUGAGGAAGUUGGAGAGGGCGUCAGUGCUACUGUAUACAGAGCUCUUUGUAUUCCACUUAACGAGGUUGUUGCAAUAAAGGUUCUUGAUCUUGAGAAGUGCAACAAUGACUUGGAUGGCAUUCGGCGAGAGGUGCAAACCAUGAUUCUGAUUGACCAUCCAAAUCUCUUGCGGGCUCACUGCUCAUUCACUGCUGGCCAUAAUCUAUGGGUUGUUAUGCCUUACAUGGCAGGUGGAUCUUGCCUACACAUUAUGAAAUCAUCUUAUCCGGAAGGUUUUGAGGAGCCUGUUAUUGCUACAUUAUUACGUGAGACCCUCAGAGCUCUUGUGUACCUUCACAGCCAUGGACAUAUCCACAGAGAUGUGAAGUCAGGGAACAUACUGCUUGAUUCUAAUGGUGCUGUUAAAUUGGGAGACUAUGGAGUCUCUGCAUGCAUGUAUGAUACUGGUGAUCGUCAGCGUACACGUAAUACUUUUGUUGGAACACCUUGCUGGAUGGCACCCGAAGUCAUGCAGCAGUUACAUGGUUAUGAUUUCAAAGCAGACAUAUGGUCAUUUGGAAUCACAGCACUUGAACUUGCUCAUGGUCAUGCCCCUUUCUCCAAGUACCCACCUAUGAAGGUUCUGUUGAUGACGCUACAAAAUGCACCUCCAGGUCUGGACUACGAAAGGGACAAGAGGUUCUCUAAGUCUUUCAAAGAGAUGGUCGCUGCCUGCUUGGUGAAGGAUCCCAAAAAACGCCCCACCUCAGAAAAGCUUUUGAAGCAUCCCUUCUUUAAACAUGCACGCUCAAUUGAAUAUUUGGAGCGUGGUAUCCUUGCCGGCAUGCCACCUCUAGGAGAACGUUUUAGGCUGCUUAAGGCAAAAGAAGCAGAUAUGCUGGUGCAAAAUAAGGCACUAUAUGAGGACAAGGAACAUCUAUCGCAGCAAGAGUACAUUCGAGGAAUCAGCGCCUGGAAUUUCAACUUGGAUGAUUUGAAGAACCAAGCUGCCCUUAUUCCAGAUGAUUUUGUAUCAAACUCCGAUGAUGCAAGUGUUAGUGGGAAGUAUGCUGAUGGUCAGGAAAGUUUGUUCUCUGAGAAGGAUAGUGAUUCCAAAGCUGUGUCUAACUUGGAGGAUGAGCUCAAUGAUUUACCUAAUAUGGAGGAUUCUCUUGCUGCAUUUCCAAUGAAACCUCUUCAGGCUCUGAAGGGUUGUUUUGAUGUUAGUGAAGAUGAUAUUGCUGCUACUAGUCCAACUUCAAGAGAUUCUGUUCCUUCAGAUUUUGAACAGCAAAAUCCACAACAGUCAUCUACAAGUGCUGUGGAUCGAGAAGCAGGAACAGAUGAUGGUUUGGAUCCAUCUCAUUCUUCUAUUGCAGGACGCAGAAAAUUUUCCAGUGGCUCACUGCUACAGGAAUACGUGCUUUCCCCAAGAAAACUUAUUGGUAAUGGGGAUAGAGAUCAUCUGCAACCAAGAUUUCAAGUAGAUCGGAAUUCUAGUGGUCCACUGCAGUAUCGUCACAAGAAAGAUUUCAGUAUUCCUAAUGCAGGCGAGGAUGCAUCAGAAGGUGCUAUAGUUGAACGGAGAGGACGUUUCAAAGUCACAUCAGCAGAUGUGAGUCCCAAGGGUUCAAUGAACUUGGUAAGCCCAGUCUCUGGUGGUUCAACAAGCCCAACAAUACCAAGCCAUUCAGGUGCUUUAAUUCUUCCAUCAUUGCAAUUCAUCCUGCAGCAGAACACUGCACAAAGAGACGAGAUACUUAAACUGAUGAAGAUGUUGGAGCAACCUUCUGGUAAUGGCACUGAGCUAACUGAAGCUGGAACACUUUCACCGAUAAACCCGACACUUAAGGAGCGAGAGUUGCAAACUCAGAUUAUGCAGUUGCAACAAAGCAUUGGAAGUGUGGUGGAUGAGCUCCAUAGAGUAAAGGCGAAGAAUUCUCAGUUGGAAAGAAAAUUAAACGCAGUACUCAAGCAAGACGACAAGGUACAAUGAUAUGGAGUUUCUAGGAGAAAAGGGCAGUGAAAUGAUUUAUGAUGAUGACGUCGACAUUCCCCUCUCGCAAUAUGUUUGAUCUGUUCCUGCAAAGGAGGAGGAGCUCUUGGCAUCUCAUAAUUUUGUUGUGGGGAUAUGUGAUUUGUGCAGCAUAGUGUGAAUACUAGUAGUGUUGGUAUUACCAGUUGCGAGUGGCAUGUGUUGUGGUAUUUCAAAUCGUUGUUCCAUUAUUGUAAUUAAUUAAUUUGAUCCAAUAUUGAGAAUAAUUGUUAUGGCGCCUA